GGAAAUCCUCCAGAGACUGAACUGUGGAGUGACAGAAGCCACCUGUGUGCGUGGUUGCAUGUGUGUCCAUGCAGGUGAAAAUAUUGUGCUUGUGAAUUGUCUGCCUGUGUGUGUGGGUGAGUGUGCGUGACCAUGGCGGGUUUUGGGAACAGCUUGCGACGCUGGCUCACCUUUGCUACGGGUCUGGUGGAGUGUCUGUGUUUCGCUGGAGCCGUGUUCGGGUGGGCUUCGCUUGUUUUUGUCCUGAAGACGGAGGGCUACUUCAGCUCUCUGUGCAUCAACGACACAGGAGUCAAUGCAACCGUGUUAGAUUGCAGCGGACAGGAUGAACAGUUCUCACUUGUUUUCACUAUCGCCUCCUUUAUGAACAAUUUCCUGACGCUGCCCAAUGGUUUUCUCUUUGACCGGUUUGGGACUACGGUGGCUCGACUCUGUGGAAUAUUUCUGUACACCAUGGGUAGCUUGAUGGUGGCUUUUGCAACUUCAG